AUGACUUCUUUUAGGAUUGCAGAAACAGCAGAACAAAGAUCAUACAAUCGGCUGUUUACGAGAGAGCGAGUUAUAAUAGAGAGAUGUUCCGGGCAACUAAAACAGCGAUUUCCCAUUCUACAUAACAAAAUACGCGUCGAUACAGAAAAAGUGCCCUCUCUGAGUUGUUUUAUCUUGCAUAAUGUGGCUAAGCACCUUAAUGAUGAAGAUUUUGCUGUUGAUAUACCGGGAGAUGGCGAACAAGAAGAAAUCCAUAAUCAACAUGCUGCUGACUAUGCAGAUGGAGUGAUACAAGGCUCCUUACUGGGUCCAGCUUUCAUUGUGGUAGCUUUCAGUACUGGUCCAGAACUUCCAGAUGCUUCUUCGAAGGCUCCUUACUGGGUCCUGGGUCCGGCUUUCAUUGUGGUAGUUUUCAGUACUGGUCUUGAACUUCCAGAUGCUUCUUCGGUGAUUGUUUCUUCUUUAGAACAGGCUGUUGGAGUGUAA